GACAAUCCCGGAUGUCAACAAAGGAUAUCAACAACAGGGAUGUGUCAACGCUUCGUUACAGAUUUUCCAAUGGAUUAACCGACAUUUGAUAAUUCAUUAAUGUCACAGUCACUCGUGUACCUUCUGAAAGGAACUAUGAGUGCGUUCUGUUGAUUCUAGGCUAGUUUAGCUUUUGACGAAGACUUUCAACAUGAGGUCCGAUUCUCCUCUCUCCAGCGUCAACGUAGUGCUUGUUAUGGCCUACGGAAGUCUGGUGUUUGUGCUGCUGUUCAUCUUUGUGAAGAGGCAGAUCAUGCGCUUCGCCAUGAAGUCUCGUAGAGGACCACAUGUACCCCUGGGCCACAACGCUCCAAAGGAGCUGAGACAGGAGAUAGACUCUCGUCUGUCCAAGGUUCAGGAGAUCCGCUUUGAGCCGCGCCUGCUGUCUGAACAGGACGACAGACUACUGAGUGGCGGUUGCUAUGACUACCUGUACAGAAUGAGGGCACUAGAUGCCAUAAGAGACUCUGAUAUUCCGUUCAGUGAGUUGGGAGGGACUCCCACAGCUGUGACAGGGAGGAGAUUCCGCGCCUGGCUUCUAGAUCUGAGGAGUUCCCAUUCCCUGUUCCGCAGCAGCCGCAGUUCCCUCAUAGACACACUGCUGGAGGGCUACCACAACGCUCGCCACGGCACCGGGGUGUUUGGAGAAGCAGAGUUUGUCAAAUACAAGGAAGCCCUGAACGAACUGGCCUCUGUUUAUUCUUCUCUCCCCAGUGUGAAGAGCCACUCCAGCUCCACCAGUCUGGACCAGCAUCACCAGUUAGCAGCUAAAGACCUGACCAGUACCCCAGAGCCCACCCCCCCCUCUCCCCCCUCCCAGGUCACAUACCUACCGUCAGCUGGGCAACGCACCAAACGACCAAAACACUUCCUGGAACUCAAGAACUUUAAAGACAAGUACAACACCUUGGAAAGCACAUUCUGAGAACUACAACUCCUAUGGCAUAACACGAGGAACUACAAUUCCCUACAGCAUACCUUGAGAAACCACAACUUGCUGCUUCUGACAACUGCAACCCCCUACAACCCUGAGAACUUACAACUCCCUAGAAAACAACCUGAAAACUACAACAACUUCUUUGCUACCACUUUAAAUCUGCUUUGUUACGAGUAGUGGACUCACUUUUCCUUCUCUAUUUCCAAAGUAGAUAGCCUAGUGAGAAAAAAAUAAAUCUGUCGUUCUGCCCCUGAACAAGGUAGUUAACCCACUGUUCCGUCAUUGUAAAUAACAAUUUGUUAUUUUCUGACUUGCCUAGUUAAAGGUUAAAUAAAAAAGAAAUGAAGGUAGUGAUAAGUAGAGCUCCUGUAAGGGACAGAUCCUGGAGUGGACAGAUCCUGGGGUUUGUGGUUGGUGAGUUGGUCUAGUGAGAGACUUGUUAGUGCCAGCGGAGAGAGAAGAGACUUGGUAGGGUUGGUACUUGGUACAGUUGGGAAGACUGGAGCACAGCAGGAUUAACAGUAGCAUAGCACAGCAGUAUUGGAAUGACAGUAACAUUACGCUGCCUUACUAGUCCUGAGGAAAAACACUGCCUACUAUCUGUCAUGCGUCUCACAUAAUAAAUAGUGCACUAGAUUUAAGCUUAUUUGACCUUAAACAUCAUUGUGAACUUUUGCACAGACUUUGCAGGUAGAUCAUCAUGUAGGGGUAUGCAAAACAAGAUGAGACCAGACAACCUACAUGCAGUUUCUAUGCAGAAUGCAUUAAUGCAGGGUUUCCCAAACUUGGUCCUGGGGACCCCAAGUGGUGCACGUUUUGGUUUCUGCCCUAGCACUACACAACUAACUCAAAUAAUCAACUAAUCAUUUAGCUUUGAUUAUUUGAAUGAGCUGUGUCAUCCUGGGGCAGAACCUGAAACGUACAUCUCUUUGGGAAAUGCUGCAUUAACGCACAGUGUUAGAGUAAGACUUGUUUAUAGUGUGUUCAGUGCUAACUAAGCUAUUGAUGGACUAAUGUUAUAGCAGACCAGCGUUCCUCACAAUGGCCCUGGACAGCUACAGUACAGGCUGUGCAGGCUUUUGUUCCCGCCUAGCACUAACACACCUCCAAUCAAGAUGAUGAGUAGAAUCCGGUUAGUCACUGUUGAGCUGGAACAACACAGCCUGGAACUCUGCAGGACCAGGACAGAAGAACUAUGAAUUAUUCAAGUAUUACUGCUAGACAUUUCCAGUAUUAUUGUCCUGUUGCCAGCACUUGUUUAGGGCAGAGCCAUGUAUUUACAUAUAUAUUGCUCUGGUUUAGGGCGUGUUACAAGGAAAUAAACAUGCUACACAGUC